UGUUUAUUUUAAAGUGAUUUUAUUAUUUAAUUUUUUAUUUUAUUUAGUAGUAUGGUAAAAAUGUUUGCUGCUAUUAUUGUAUAAUCAUGUGGAUAUAUAAUCACAAAAUCUUUGGCCAAAUUGUGCAGCUUUACACACUAACACGGCAGACUCCGCUCAAGCAUCAUGUCCGUUUUGUUUAAUACUGCACCGUUGAAGAUUUCCAUCUGUCCCGGUGCUUUGUUUCAGUCUGCUGUAGAACUUCUUCCUCUACUUCCAGCAUGAUUGUGAUUGAUAAUGUCGGUUCAUCUGAAGCAGAAGCUCCUCUCAGAAGACGCUGGCUUUGUCUCCUGCUUCUCCUGGUCCUUAUUUACGGCUCCCACGCUCCUCUCAUCUCUCUCACCAAAGUCGACGGCCGCGUUCCCUUCAGCCCGUCGUCAUGUGUGCUUCUGAUCGAGCUCAUCAAGCUCGUGCUUUCCUUCGCGGCUCUGCUGGCAUCUGGAAAUCUGUCGGGCCUCAGAAUAUCAGCGUGGAUGGUGGCGCCGUACGCCAUUCCUGCGCUUCUCUACGCUUUCAACAACAACCUAGUGGUGUUCAUGCAAGCCUACAUGGAUCCCAGCUCCUUCCAAGUGCUCAGUAACCUAAAAAUCGCAUCCACUGCGCUCCUCUACACGGCCUGCUUGGGGAAGCGGCUGCGACUGGGGCAGUGGCUCGCUCUGGGGAUGCUCGUGGCUGCCGGUGUGUGUCACAGCUACUCCGGAUUGGAUUGGGAAGCUUCAGACGAAUCCUCCGCCAGGCUCCGCAUCACUUCCUGGGGUCUGCUGUUGGUGCUUGUCUACAGUUUCAUCUCAGGACUGGCCGCUGUUUACACCGAGCGGGUGCUGAAAACCCAGCGUCUGCCUUUGAGUCUCCAGAACUUGUUCUUGUACGUCUUCGGCGUGGGGAUCAAUCUGGCGUCUCAUGUCUCUGGCGGCGGGCAGCAGGGGUUUUUCGAGGGUUUCUCUGCCCUCGUUUGGCUCAUUAUCGCGGGACAGGCUGCUAACGGGCUCCUCAUGUCUGUCAUCAUGAAACACGGAACGGGAAUCACGCGGCUGUUCGUCAUCUCCUCUUCUAUGCUGGUGAAUGGAGUGCUGUCAUGGGGGAUUCUGGGAAUACAGCUUACACCUUACUUCCUGUUUCCUGUGGUGCUGAUUGGAUGGGCCGUGUACCUGUAUUACAGGUAGAUCGGAUGGCACUGAAGAUUACUUUAUUGCUUUUUUAUAACUCUUUAUAAGCAGUGAAGCGCAGUGUCUCUCUGAUGUUUGUUUUCUCAGCGUGCUUGUGUCCUCAUCUCUGUCUUACGCCUUUGUCCUCUUUCUAGAAGUGUCUUACUGCGAAUGACCAUCAUCUCAUCAAAACUGAGUGCUUUUCAUAUGCAGUACUUUAUUUACUAAAUAAAUGUUGAAUCCAUGUUUAUGCAAAUAAAUAUAAUGGGUCAUUUUCAA